GUACUCAGUUUCGCCCUCAUCAGCCUUAUCGUCAGACUUUCGUCGUCGUUGACCACAUCCCUGACACUAUGUCUUAUGCUUCCGUCACCGCUCACAAUGCUGAGCCCAGCUCCCAGCAGCCCCAUCCAGAUCCCGCACUGCUAAACACAGAACCGCCAUCUGCAGAUAAUAUUGUAGACGAUGCUACGAAGGUUAACAUUGUAUCCCCCGACUUCAAGUCUAAUCCAGCAACCGUCACUUCCGAGUCGAAGCCUGAAGUGGUUCCGCCCAUUGGAAACAAAAAGGACAAAACUCACCGGCAUGUGCAUCGGGCUAAGGAAGAAGGUUUCCACCUCUGGAAUGUCACGAAACACUACUUGUUCCGCCCUACUGUUGCGGGAGGUCUUCUUGGUCUCGUGAACAUCGGAAUUUUGUCUGGUGCUGGCUAUGUGUACUACACAAAACCUCAAGUGCGCCAAGAUACAAGAUUACUCGCGUCCACUGCUGCUGGCAUCCUGACGUUGUUCGGUGCUGAAGGGUAUGCUGCCGAAAGGUACCUUGAGACUCCUGCUGGAAAGGAAGAGGAGAAGAAGGCCAGAGAGGAGGGCGCAGCGCUAUACAGAGUGGCACGUGAACAUAUCCUUAGACCCGGCGCAUUAGGUGGCUUGGUCGGUGUUUUAAACGCCGGUAUCAUUGGCACUCUGGGUUACUUUGCAUACCUGCACUGGGAUGCUCCUCGAUGGGACAGGCGGACGGUCUCUGCCAUCUCGGUUUCUCUACUUGCCUUGUGGGGCGGUGAAGGGUACUUGGCGGAGCAAUACCGUCACAAACAGCAUUAGUGCAAUAUAAAGACACUUAUUGGGUCUAUUGUAAUUUUAUCCUAUAUGAAUAGCUGUAAUAGUAACGCACUGCUCUCUUGUUCUUGUUAUAUUCUGUGAGUCGUGAGCGCUACGGGCAGGGAUUCGCCUGCACGAG